CUUGAAAGAGCUCCGUUGUCUGCCAUUUGCUUUGUAUAAAUAACGUCUCCCAAACACCCAAAGCCAUUGCAAUUUUCAACCACAUCCGAUAAACUCACACCAGAAGGAAAGAAAGAAAGAAGACCAAUAUUGUACGUUUUCCAUUACCCUUCCAGCAAAACAUGAACAACAACACCAACCAAGGAUCCCAACCUCUGUACCCCUCCAUUUCUCCUCCCACCGCAGAAAAUGACACAAACCCUUUUCUUCAUACACCUCCACCAUCAUAUUCAUCGCUGAAAACCCAACCACCCCAAUACCCCUCCAUUGCAAAUCCCACAGCUCAAGAAAUCAAUCCUUUUUAUCAAACACCUGAGCCAUCGUCCUCAUUGCAGGGAACCCAAAAGCCCUCCGAUUUCACUCCUUCCACGCCAAACCCUUCUGAUCACCCAGAACCAUCCCCAUCCCCAUCCUCACCGCAGAAAACCCGAGAUCUCAAACAACCUCAUCAUCAUGAAGAAGAUAUUCCAUCAUCAAGCUCGUCUUCAUCAAUACCAGCACCAACACCAGCAAAUGAAGAAGAGAAAGCAGAGCAAUGGGGGACUCACGUGAUGGGGCACCCUGCUGUCCCAACAUGCCAUCCAGACAACAAAAAGGCAGCUCUGUGGGGUGCUGCUGGCACUGAACAAGCCCAAAGCUUCCACCAUCCCUACCUCCAAUACAAACCCAUUGAAAAGUCGAACAACAGCCCCAUGGAAUCCAUGCUCCAUGUCUUCAACUCCUGGAGCAACAGGGCCGAGUCCAUGGCCAACAACAUCUGGCACAACCUGAAAACUGGGACAUCGGUGUCUGGAGCUGCGUGGGGGAAGAUGAAUGUGACAGCGAAAGCAAUUACAGGGGGUGGAUUUGAGGCUCUGUACAAGCAAUCAUUUGCGACUUAUCCCAACGAGAAGCUGAACAAGUCGUUUGCCUGUUAUCUCUCAACAUCCACUGGACCAGUUGCCGGAACUCUUUAUCUCUCUAAUCUUCAUACAGCUUUUUGCAGCGACCGCCCCUUGUCCUUCACUGCCCCCUCUGGUCAGGUCACCUGGAGCUAUUACAAGAUUAUGGUGCCUUUGGGAAAUAUUGCAACAAUCAAUCCGGUGAUGAUGAGAGAAAAUUCAACCGAAAAGUACAUCCAGAUUGUGACAAUAGACGGCCAUGAUUUCUGGUUCAUGGGUUUUGUUAAUUAUGAAAAGGCGUCCAGGCAUCUGACUCAGAGUAUCUCAACUUUCGUAGCAUCUGGAAUUGCCGUCAACCCAGCCGUUGCAGUUGCAGACGAAAAGCCUGACAAGGCUGACUACUAGCUACUCUACCAGUUUUCUUUUUCAUUACUGCUUUGCUUCUGAAAUUGAGUUGUCUUGCUUUUCUUUUACAAUUUCUCACCCCAUAUUCUUUCUUUCCAUUUCCGGUUUUCUCAGUUAUAUAUAUUUAUAAACGAAGCAUAUAAUAUGGGGAUUCAUUCAUUGUAAUCUUCUUGUUAUAAUGCGAUGCAUACUGCUCUGUUUUCAUAAUGUUU